ACGCAUGCGUAAAAAUUUAGUUUACCCAUCGUUUCUAUUUAGGGCUAUAUUAGCUAUACGUUGCAUUACUUCUCCAUGUGUAUCUCAACUUCCUUCGAAUAUCUUGUAGAAAAUAUUGUUUUGCAUUAAAAAUGAUAUUUGUACUACGACCGCUGUAUCUAUUCUAUAUGAAGCAAAGAAAGUGUGCACCAAUAAGCCACUUAAUUAAGCUAUCUAAUCAUAAAAUUCACACAUCUAAAGUUAUGUCUCAUGGCGAGUACGAAAUGCAGGACCCUAAAACGCCAGCUGAUAUAGUUAAUGUUACUUUUAUUGACAAAACGGGCAAGAAAGUUAAAGUAAAAGGGAAAGUAGGAGAUAACAUACUUUAUCUGGCUCAUAGAUAUGAAAUUGACAUUGAGGGAGCAUGCGAAGCUAGUCUAGCAUGUACUACUUGUCAUGUAUAUGUACACCAUGAUUACCUGAACAAGCUUCCAACUCCUCAAGAAACUGAGGACGAUCUGUUGGAUUUAGCACCCUUCUUGAAGGAAAAUUCUAGGCUAGGUUGCCAAAUAAUUUUGAAGAAGGAACUAGAUGGCAUAGAGCUAGAAUUACCUAAGGCGACCAGAAAUUUUUAUGUAGAUGGACAUACCCCUACUCCACAUUAGAAAAAUUUUCGUUUUUUAUUAAAUCAGCCUAAGUAAACACUUACAAAUGUAAAUAUUUAUAAUAUCGUUUAUUUGUAAACGUAUUUUGUAAUAAAUAGCGUUACUAAAGUUCAAUAUGUGAUCUGUUGUUCGAGCAUUGUCACACAUUAGAUUAUAUGUGUUAGAUUCAACAACUUAUUCGUUGGUCUGCCACUCGAUUUAACAGUGUAAACUAGGUCAUACUAUAGUUCUGACCGUACGUGUGCCGUAUGUGUCUUCGAGGAAAAAGUUAUGAGUAAGUUAUGUUGUUAAUAGACUAAUAAUAAGAAUAUUGUCAUUUUUAAGCAGUUUAAAUGUAUUUCGGACAAUAUUUACUAUAAAUCAUCUUUCACCAAACGA